AUGGACGUCGAAAGACUAAUUAACCAUGUGCGUGAACGCCCCGUGUUGUGGGACCAGAAAAAUAAAUAUUACCACAAUAGGGAUUUUGUUCGUCAAGCAUGGAACGAAAUAGCUGAAGAUUGUGGAACAGACAGCGAGGUACUGAAGAAUAAAUGGAAGAACCUACGUGACACUUUCCGUUCUGAACUCAAAAAAACUCGUGCUGAACGUUCAGGAGACGAAGGUGACAUGCCGCCUUUCCAAUCCAAUUGGCCGUGGUACGAGCUAAUGACCUUCCUGACUGACAUAAUGACGCCACGAAAGACGAAGACUAAUGUUCAUCACAGUAAAAGAACAGCAUCGCAACACGACGACGCACCCGACAACGUACCAUUUUCACCAGCUCUUACAGAGAGAGAGAGUGUCUCUCAGUUGAGAGCCAGGAUAAAAAUUCAGCAGGUUCUUUUGGAAGAAUUGGAACAAUCAACCACAUCCACUGCACAUUCGUUGAUGUCACCUUAUGCACCUGAAAAUCCAGUUGAAAUCGUAAUUGCUGGAAAUCCGCAAAAUGAAAUAGUCAUUUCUGAAAUUCAACCUGAUGACAUUGUUAUUUCAAGCCACCAAGAUUCUGAAAACUUUGAUACUUAA